AUGGAUACUGCACCACCACUGAGAGUAGUUCAGCAGCCACCGAGAGGCCGUGGUCAGGUUAGAGGUGAUAACGGGUUGGGCCAUGGUCAGAGAGCGCUGAGCAGAGGUGCUAGUCAUACUGAAGCGAGGCAGCCAGCUCUAGUUUAUGCUACAUGUCACCGAGAGAAGGGAGAUGUUCCAGACGUCAUCACGGGUACGUUCUUCAUUUAUAAUGUACCAUAUACUGCACUGAUAGAUAUAGGAUCUACUCACUCCUAUAUAGCCUGUACCGUAUCAGAAAACUUGGGUAUACUGGUUGAGAGCGCUACGAGUGAGGUCACUGUACUGAGUCUACUAGGACAAUUGGUAAGGGUAAAUAAGUUGUUUAGAGACGUUCUUUUGGAGGGUCAAUGGGCUAUCUUCCUGGCUGAUUUGAUGGAAUUGCCUUUUGGAGAAUUUGAUCUGAUACUAGGAAUAGACUGGUGGGUUAAACACCGAGUGAGCUUAGAUUGUGCCAUGAAAAAGGUUGUACUGAGAACUGUGGAGGACAGCGAGCUACUUGAGUUACCUCCGAGCCGUGAAGUUGAGUUUGGAAUUGAGCUCCUUCCUGGUACAGCUCCGAUGUCCAUCGCCCCGUAUAGAAUGGCACCGAAGGAACUUGUGGAGCUCAAGACUCAGAUUUAA